CGUCCUUCCCGCAACAGGGGGCCUUGGGAAACCGAAGGACGCUGAGGCGAGCACCCCGGGCGAGAGGGCCCACCGACGAGUCUGCCGGACCCUGCUCCCGAAAUGGCUCGGAGGCAGGACGAGGCGCGGGUGGGCGCACCCCUGAGGGCGGAAGGACGGCCGGACGCGGAGGUCAGGCUCAUUCUGUACCACUGGACGCACUCCUUCAGCUCUCAAAAGGUGCGCUUGGUAAUUGCUGAAAAGGCAUUGAAGUGCGAGGAACAUGAUGUAAGUCUGCCCCUCAGUGAACACAAUGAGCCUUGGUUUAUGCGUUUGAACUCAACUGGAGAAGUGCCUGUCCUUAUCCACGGGGAAAACAUAAUUUGUGAGGCCACUCAGAUCAUUGAUUAUCUUGAACAGACUUUCCUGGAUGAAAGAACACCCAGGCUAAUGCCUGAUAAAGAGAGCAUGUAUUACCCACGGGUGCAGCAUUACCGAGAGCUUCUCGACUCCUUGCCGAUGGAUGCUUAUACACAUGGAUGCAUUUUACAUCCUGAACUCACUGUGGAUUCCAUGAUCCCUGCUUAUGCAACCACAAGGAUUCGCAGUCAGAUUGGUAAUACAGAGUCUGAACUGAAGAAACUUGCUGAAGAAAACCCUGACUUACAAGAGGCAUACAUUGCCAAACAGAAGCGACUUAAGUCAAAGCUGCUUGAUCAUGACAAUGUCAAAUACUUGAAGAAAAUUCUUGAUGAGUUGGAGAAAGUCUUGGAUCAGGUGGAAACUGAAUUACAAAGAAGAAAUGAAGAAACUCCAGAAGAGGGCCACCAGCCUUGGCUCUGUGGAGAAUUCUUUACCCUGGCAGAUGUCUCGCUGGCUGUCACAUUGCAUCGACUGAAGUUCUUGGGGUUUGCAAGAAGAAACUGGGGAAAUGGAAAGAGACCCAACUUGGAAACCUAUUAUGAGCGUGUCUUGAAAAGAAAAACAUUUAACAAGGUUUUAGGACAUGUCAACAAUAUAUUAAUCUCUGCCGUGCUGCCAACAGCAUUCCGGGUGGCCAAAAAACGGGCCCCAAAAGUUCUUGGCACUACCCUUGUGGUUGGUUUGCUUGCGGGAAUGGGAUAUUUUGCAUUUAUGCUUUUCAGAAGGAGAUUUGGCAGCAUGAUAUUAGCACUUAGACCCAGACCAAAUUAUUUCUAGGUUUGUUGGGCUCUGUGGGAGCAACUCGUCCAACCAUUCCACUAGACCCUGUCCACUCUUCCAGACCAGAGAAGAUUUAUCCUGGGCAACUAGUAGAAAGCAUACUUUACAUUAUUCUUUGGGAAGUUCAAGUGGGGAAUGGAGCUAAUGACACGGCUUGUUCUCUCUCUCUCUGUCCCUUCCUUUUUUCUUCUUUUUCUUUUCAGAUGAGAUGAUCUACUACUAAUCUAUCCCUAAAGCAAGCAUGUGAAAGGUCAAGAUCUGUAAAUGCUGAUAGAUGGGGAGCAGACCUUUAAUGGAGAUUGUCAGUUCAUGUUCCCAGUUACUUUCUGAAUGUUUGUAAUUAAGAGCAGACAAUAACUAUAACCAAUGACUAUUCAUAGUGCUUCACCUGAGAUUGACUACUGUUUUGAGAUUUAAGCAGUUACAAGAUCCUCCCUUGGAACUCAAAAGUCGUCUUUGUUGCACUAGACAGGGUUCAGAGAGCAACAGGACAUACUGCCAGCUUCUGGCAUAAAUUAGGGAGAGUAUGGGAAAGGGAAGGAAGAAAACAAGAGAAUGAAGUACAUCUAGAUCUCCUUGGUAAAUUUCACAUAGAACUUCUUGUGUUCAUGUCCCCUCCUUAAUUAAGACUCUUAGGAGGAGAGGGCUGAGAAGUUAUUGGGGAUAGUAUACUGGGGAGAACCUUAUAUAUUACAUGCUAAACACCUCAUUUGACCUUAAUUAUGAGCCACACAGGUUGAUUUGGUAAGAUUCAGUAAUUAUGCUCUUGACCAUGGUAUGCCCAUUAAAACAUAUAUGCCUAGCAGAUAUAUGAAUAUCUAAAGGGAUAGUAAGGUGGUCCUCAUGGCUCCCUUGACCUUGUGAGACAUGGUCCUAUGAACCCUGAAGUUCAGUCCUGGGAGCCUUAUUUUGACAGCCCUCUUUAUGCAUGUAAGUAAUAUGUAGAUGAAUGUCUCAGGUAAAUAUCAUGGCUAAUCACUGGCAGUGGAUAAUUUGAUGAAAACCAAAUAUCUCUGUUCUUAUUUGGGAUGCACAAAUUUUUGGCCAGACUUUGUGUUUUUUCUCUUUUCUUUUUUUAAAAUGAUUAUCAAUAAAGCCUUAAAGAAAAAGAGGAAAGUCUAACAUUAGAUGUUGACAGUUAAUUUGGGGGAGAUAAAAUAUAUAGCUAGUGAUGCCCAUUCAUAUUCACCCAUGUAUGCUCAAGUAUUUAGGGGGUAUCUCAGUUUCAUAUGGAAAACAGGUCUAGUAUGACAUAGGAGCAACCAUGGUACUAUAAGGCAUGGUUUGUGCUCAGGAAAAACCUCCUAUUGAAACAAGGAGGCAGUCUGUGUGGAGUGGCUGUCAAGGCUUUAGGAUUAGGUUCAGGAGUUCGAUGGGAGGCUUGUGCAGAGACAGUGAACCUGGAUUCUAGUGAGGCCUGUUUGGGUGGCCUCAGGUAGGCUAUGCAGACGGCCAAAGAAUGUGCUUAUUUUCAUUAAUAAAAAAUGCUCUGACUAGCAAACAAUGACUUUCUGAUGGUGAAAACAAUUCUGUAAUUCCAUUUUGAUUCUAUAAUUCCCUUUCAUAAUCUAGAUGUACUAGAAGAUAGGAAAACCUCAUGAACUGGGUGUGCCCUGUUUAGAAAAAGCAUUACUAACACUCCACUGUUAACUCAAUGAUAAUGAAUAUACUACUACUAACACUCCCCUGUUAACUCAAUGAUAAUGAAUAUACUUGCAGCUUUUAAUGCUGUUUUAAUUUGCCCAUCGGGUGCCAUACAGUGUCUCACUGAAUUUGUUUAUUGCUGUGACAUUGAUGUCAUUGUAUUCAUGAAAGAGAAAUAGGAUAGAUUAACUAGUAAUCCAGAAUUCCCUGUUACUCUGCUAGAAAUAAAAAGUGAGGCACAAGGAAGUACCAAUGGGAAUUUUGUCAAAAAAUCCACAAAGGGUAUUUACCUGUGAAAGGAUUGUUAAAGACUGAAUUUUCUUUUAAUUAUGUUAUUACGGAACUAGGAAAUCACUGGGACAUGUCUAUAAUUUUCUUAUGCAAUUUAUCUAGAGGCAAAUGGUAAGGAUGAACAUUUAUCUAGCGAUAGCACAGUGACCACUAGAUGUCGCUGUGCACCCACUAGUCUAAGACUUUGUUCCAUUAGACUCAGCGUGUCUGUAAGGUUUCAAGUGAAGAUAAACGUUAAUGACCUUAGUUUCUGAAGUGAGGGCAUCUUCAUCAAGAUUAUUCAUCUGUGAAAAAGCUUGAGGCAAAUGUAGUAUUGAUUUCUUAUGCUUUGUGAGUGAUGACAGCACCGUAUGAUGUCAAACUAAGGAGGUGCACAGCCACUGUUAGCCAGAGAGACACUUUAAUGCAUCUUCCUUUUCAGGAUCAUUGGUAACUGGCCAAUGUGCUUCUCAUGUAAAAAAAAUAAAAAUAAACAAAAAAGAAAAACAAAACAAACAAACAAAAAAAGAAACCCAGCAUAAAUACCACACUAGAAAAAUGCCCGAGGCACUAAAAAGUUAUGUUAUCUAUUUCUGUAACACACAUGCAUAUUACUUUAUUGUUAAUGCCAUUAUAUGCCUUUUGAUUCUCAAAACUUGUGAACUGCUUGCUCAAGUUUUAGUAGUUUUUGCUAUUGAUGUUCAAGUUGUAGAUGGUGUUGUUGACUGUCUUGGGAAAAAUCAAGAUAUUAUUUCUUCUGUAAGAUCAAUAAAAUAAUUUAAAAAUAAA